AUGUAUCUGACCUCGUCUGGUACAUCUGAACAAACUACAGAGAACAUUGCGCAUGCGGAGAAGGUGGACAAAGCUGCGGACGACCUUGCAGAGGAGGUGGACAACAUAGAGGUGCAGGAAGUGGCAGAUGACAUUGACACUGACGACAUCGCUGGGGAUGUGGGGCCACCAGAUGCGGUCAAGCGUGGUGACCAUGGCAACGCGGAUGAAAAGAUCGAGGCCGCAGAUGAUGAUGAAGAGGUUGCGGAGGAUGGGGGUGGUGAUGAUACCACAGGCGACUACAGAAAUGAGCCCAAGCCCAAGGCAAACAAGGCGAACGAAGACGGAGAUGAAGACGAAGACGAUGCGAAGGACGGGGGUGAUGAUGGUAUCACAGGCGACUACAGAAAACAGCCCAAGCUCAAGCCCAAGGCAAACAAGGCGAACGAAGAUGGAGAUGAAGACGAAGAUGAUGCUAAGGACGGGGGUGAUGAUGAUACCACAGGCGACUACAGAAAACAGCCCAAGCCCAAGGCAGACAAGGCGAACGAAGAUGGAGAUGAAAAUGAAGAUGGGAGAGAGGGAGAGGAUGGGGGUGGGGAUAGCCCCGACAUGGUUAUAGGGGCCGAUGCGGAUGAGGGCGAUGACGAGGAUGCGGGAGAGGCGAUUGAUAUGGAUAACAAUGACAAUGACGAUGUGACGGAUAAUAGCAAGGAUGAUAUAGAAGGUGAGGAAGCGCAUGUAGUAGAGAAGCGUGGGAAAGAUGCGAAACACCGAUAGAGAAUACGAUGGAGAUGGAGGGGAGAUGGCCCAGAUACGUGGUAGGGCAAAGCACAAGGCAGGCAGAUAGGGCUGAUCGGAAGAGGCGAGCAGGAUAGGCGAAAAGGCAGUACAGAGUGCUGAUGAUUACAUGUACUAGUUAUGUAUGUAUAUGUAUAUGUAUAUGUCUAUAUUAAAUGUGUUGACACGUGCGUAUGUCACUGUUCAUUUGUAGAGGUGUACAGAUGCCGCAUCCACCAGCGCAAUGGAACACGAACGUGCAUGAGUUGAGGCAGCAUAAUGCUGUCAGGCGAACACUUUCAAACAUGUGCGACGUCUCCAAGGAUGGCUCGAUGUUGUCCCAGAGUAUAUACACACCACUACCGUUUGCCCAUGCACACUGCAUGAACACGGCACAAAUGAUGCAUGUGAUAACCUGAGAAGACAGUUGCCGGCCCCAUGGUAUGCACCCGUUUUUGUGGGGGAGGGCCGCAUAGCCUAGUAUCCGACCCCAUGAUGUGCACCCGUUUUUGUUGGGGAGGGCCGCAUAGCCUAGUAUCCCGUGUUUAGAUAGAUGCGAUCAGAAAAGCUAGUCAGGGCUGGCCGUGCUUUGGGGUGCCCUUGUGAUCGUAUACCUAGUAAUAGUCAAUAGUGAAUAGUGCCGCGCAGUCUCGGUUGAUUCGAUAGAGGAGAAGACAUAGCUAAUAUAUGAUACGAAACCACUACUAUUAGCAGUGCAAGGGUAGUCUCUCGAUAUUAAACUACACGCGCAGCACUGUUCAGAAAUGAAUAUCAGCGGUUAGGCGCAAACCGUCGCGGAUCCCGCUGUUAAGAUCAUGUGUAAAAGUGUCAAAUAAAGUAUCUGGUAGUAUAGGAUCAGUGGAUCACACAUCUAGUUAUCAACGUCUAGUGGGCAACUUCCAUUUGCCGUUUAAGAUCUCCUUAUGUUCAGAUAAUAAAAAGUCAUUAUACCCGA